AAGUCAACGUACGCACUAACUGGGGUGAGGUUGUAGACGUACAGUACUCAAUUCGUCGAAAACGAGCGGAAUAAGUAGAGUAAUAACUUUAUUUACCCACGUUUUCUUUUUAGCUGUUACUGGAUAUAUCAGUGUUCUGAGUGCAGAAAAGCCUCCUGAGAGUGUGUCUGUCCAUGUGAGUGACUGAUGCUGGGCAGGACUUGUCUCAUUCCUUCUGCUCACAUCCCUGGUCGUUCUCGCCUUGAGCUGGCUCUCAGCUGAAUCUUAAAGAGUGGCACACAUGGAUGACAUCUUUACUCAGUGCCGGGAAGGCAAUGCAGUGGCAGUUCGCUUGUGGUUGGACAAUACAGAGAAUGACCUCAACCAAGGAGAUGAUCACGGGUUCAGUCCCCUACAUUGGGCGUGCAGGGAGGGUCGCUCCAAUGUUGUGGACAUGCUCAUCAUGAGGGGAGCGCGCAUUAACGUCAUGAACCGGGGGGACGACACGCCUCUCCAUCUGGCCGCCAGCCACGGACAUCGUGACAUUGUGGCAAAGCUGAUCCAGUGCAAAGCAGACACAAAUUCAGCCAAUGAGCAUGGAAACACACCACUGCAUUAUGCCUGCUUCUGGGGCCACGAUGACGUGUCUGAGGACCUUGUGAACAGUGGGGCUCAGGUGAGCAUCUGUAAUAAAUAUGGAGAGACUCCCCUGGACAAAGCCAAACCUCACCUGCGGACUCUCCUUAAAGACAAAGCUGAGAAGAUGGGACAAAACUUGGCAAAAAUUCCUUUCAAGGAUUCAUUCUGGAAAGGCACAACGAGAACUCGGCCCCGGAAUGGCACUUUGAACAAACACGCAGGCGUCGACCACCGACAGCUUUCCCUGCUUGCUAAAAUUAAUGAAAAUCAGUCUGGAGAGUUGUGGAAAGGGCGUUGGCAAGGAAAUGAAAUUGUUGUUAAAGUGCUAAAGGUUCGCGACUGGACCACGAGGAAGAGCAGAGAUUUUAACGAGGAAUACCCCAAACUCAGGAUAUUUUCCCACCCGAAUGUCCUACCCAUGUUAGGAGCAUGUCAGUGUCCUCCCGCCCCCCACCCCAUCAUCAUCACACACUGGAUGCCUUAUGGCUCCCUCUACAACGUGCUGCAUGAAGGCACUAACUUUGUGGUGGACCAGACACAAGCGGUGAAGUUUGCUCUGGACAUUGCUUCUGGAAUGGCUUUCUUGCACACGCUGGAACCCAUGAUCCCUCGCCACUAUCUCAACAGCAGGAGUGUGAUGAUAGAUGAAGACAUGACAGCUCGGAUCAGCAUGGCGGACGCCAAGUUCUCCUUCCAGUGUCCUGGCAGGAUGUACUGUCCUGCAUGGGUAGCUCCUGAGGCUUUGCAGAAGAAGCCUGAAGAGAUCAACCGCCGCUCAGCUGAUAUGUGGAGCUUUGCUGUUCUCCUCUGGGAGCUGGUGAGCAGAGAAGUGCCUUUCGCUGACCUGUCUAACAUGGAGAUAGGCAUGAAGGUUGCCUUGGAGGGUUUGAGGCCCACUAUUCCCCCGGGCAUCUCUCCACACAUUUGCAAACUCAUGAAGAUCUGCAUGAACGAGGAUCCGGCUAAAAGGCCGAAGUUUGAUAUGAUUGUGCCCAUUCUGGACAAAAUGCAGGACAAGUAAAAAAAAAGAAAAUCCUCAUUUAAAGAGUGCGAUUCCUGUCCCUGGUUGUGACUUUGAUAUGGUGGUGUGGUGCCUACCAGUAUUGCCUUACACGCCCUUUCUACCACUGCAUUCAGCGCCACUGUAGCUUCUGUUCCUGACACUAGUUCAGCUGCAGUCACUUCUUUUCCAUUGUUUUUUCCCCCCCCUUCUUUCUGAAUGUUGUAUGAAAUUUGUAAUACUACCUUUGCAGCUGAUUUGUUUUUACUGUUGCCGUUUGUCUACAUUUUAAUCAUGGACUGAAUAUAAUAUUUUCCGUGCGACUGAAUGAACAAAAGCAUGAUGGUCUGUUGCUUCAAACAGGUGAUUUAGAAAUCUUUUAUUUUUUUCCCCCAAGAUGGAGUUGUCCUAAAGCUACUGUCGAUCCAAAGCUUGGUUAGUGGGAAAUGAUUUUUUAGUGGCAACAAAGUGUACACAAUAUGAGAGCAUGUCAGAAUGAGCUACAGGAAGAGGAGUUGAGUGCUUGUUUGUGCCUUGCAGCAGAAAUGUGCAACAAUGACAAACUUUGCCCGUCUCAAGCAUGGUUAAACUUAAAGUUUAGCAUACAGACAAUUCAAGUCUGCAGUUUUUUUCAUCUUCUUUUGAUGUUUAAAAACAAUUGAAAUUGUCUUUUCAGGGCAAAACAAAUCUACUCUAAGCAUUUUAAAAAUAUUCUAUUCAUUUUUGUAUUAUUGCAAUGUGAUUUAGUGAAAUUUUAAAAUAUUUUUUCUUUUCUUUUUGAGGGGUUCUGUCACUUGGAACAAAAACUAUGGUGUCUCUUUGUGAAGAUCCAAUUCAGUAGAGCUUAAAAUGUAAACGGGGAAGCUCUUUUCUGUCUGGUCAUCAGAGAAUCAAUGCAGUGUUUCUUAAUCGUGGUCAGAGGUACAAUUUGUUUGUUUUUUAUUUUGUAGUGAGAUGGUGGCAGAUUAAGGGUUUGGUUGUUUCUGAAGCACUCAUACUACUGCUAUAUUGUUUUUUAAGUGUCCACAUACUGCUUUCUUUGCAUUUUAUUUUAUUUUUUUAAUCAUCUUUGCCUCCAAGACUUUCUGUGCCUCCACCAGCUUGCUUUGUUUGUGCCGACUCACAUUGCUAAAGCCAAAUGUAUGUAUUUAUAUAUAAGUAUAUUAAAAUGAGACAUAUGGACAAA